AUGCUAAACCUUCGAAACAAUAGCAUGUUUGGAGAAUUACCCUCCACGUUGCAAAAUUGUACGAGUUUGGCUCUUCUUGAUCUAAGUGAAAGUCAUUUCAGUGGAAGUGUACCAGCAUGGAUCAAUGACAAGCUCUCUAAGCUUGUGGUACUAAGCCUCCGUUCAAAUAACUUUGAUGGUCAUAUUCCUCAUACAAUUUGCACUCUUCAAUCUCUUCAGAACUUGGACCUUGGACACAACAAUAUUUCAGGAGCUAUUCCAAAUUGUUUGAGAAAUUUAAGUGCAAUGGUCACUAAAGAAAAGCCAAAUAAUUACUGCUACCAAGCGGGUUUGUACCCUGGAUUUGAAGAUCUGUACAAUUAUUUGAUGAGUGCUUCAUUGGUGCUGAAAGGAAGAGAGGACGAGCAUAGGAAUUUGGCAACAGGAAAUAUACCAGACAGCAUUGGCAACUUGAAGUUGAUGGAAGCUCUUGAUCUGUCAAUGAAUCGUUUGCAUGGUGGAAUCCCUUCAAGUUUGUCCAAUUUGAACUUCUUGAAUCACUUCAACGUGUCCUACAACAAUCUGACAGGACAAAUCCCAACAGCCACUCAGCUUCAAAGCUUUGAUAACUCUUCCUUCUUGGGCAAUUAUCUUUGCAGGCCUCCUGCGAGUAAAAGCUGCAACACUAAAGGUGUUCCGACUGAUGCUACAAAGAAAGGAGACAGCAGAGGAAGAAGCAAAGUGAAUGGGUUUUACGUGAGCAUGGUUGUUGGGUUCGUAAUGCGAUUUUGGGGAGUGGUGGCUCCCCUGUUUUUCAUAAGGUCUUGGAGGCAUGCUUACUAUGCAAAGCUAGAGCAUUUUGGUAACAACCUCUAUGUGUUUUGGGCCACUAAGUGUAUGUAA